AUGGAUUCCGAGGACGAUAUGCACGACGCCAACGAUAUCGAGUCACUCGACGACGAUUUCUACAGUGGUGAGACAGAGGACGCUCCCAUGGAUUACUACAGUGACUAUGAUGACGUUGCAGACGACUACUUCGAAGACGCUGAUGAUUCUGACCGGAUUGAGUCUCGUCGCCCGGAGCAAAAUUUUACCAUACUGAGGGAAUUGGACAUCCGGCAAAGGCAGGAGGAUGACAUCACAAGAGUAUCUACAGUUCUCUCAAUACCGAGGGUUUCCGCGAGCAUCCUACUUCGUCACUAUAGUUGGAGUGUUAGUAAGGUACAUGAUGCCUGGUUUGCUGAUGAAGAACAAGUUCGAAAGACAGUUGGUUUGUUGGAUAAGCCAGUUUUCCAAAAUUCUAAUGCUAGAGAGCUUACUUGUGGCAUCUGUUUUGAGAUGUAUCCUCGUUCACGAGUUAAAUCUGCUGCUUGUGGUCAUCCUUACUGCCAUUUGUGCUGGGCAGGAUAUAUUGGCACAUCAAUUAAUGAUGGUCCGGGAUGUUUGGUGCUGAGAUGUCCUGAUCCCACUUGUGGUGCCGCUGUUGGUCAAGACAUGAUUAAUCUUUUAGCAUCUCAUGAAGAUAAAGAGAAGUAUGACCGUUACCUUUUGAGGUCUUAUAUUGAAGACAAUAAGAAGACAAAGUGGUGUCCUGCUCCAGGUUGUGAGUACGCAGUUACUUUUGAUGCUGGAAGUGGAAAUUAUGAUGUAUCUUGCCUCUGUUCGUAUGGCUUUUGCUGGAAUUGCACAGAGGAGGCUCACCGUCCAGUGGACUGUGGCACUGUGUCAAAGUGGAUUUUGAAAAAUAGUGCAGAGUCGGAGAACAUGAACUGGAUACUUGCUAACUCAAAGCCAUGUCCAAAGUGCAAGCGACCAAUUGAAAAAAACCAAGGGUGCAUGCAUAUGACUUGUACUCCACCUUGUAAAUUUGAAUUCUGCUGGCUAUGCCUUGGUGCGUGGUCAGACCAUGGUGAAAGGACGGGUGGUUUUUAUGCCUGCAAUCGUUAUGAAGCAGCUAAACAAGAGGGAGUGUAUGAUGAAACUGAAAGAAGAAGAGAAAUGGCAAAGAAUUCGCUGGAGAGGUACACACAUUAUUAUGAGCGGUGGGCCAGCAACCAAUCUUCAAGGCAAAAGGCUCUUGCAGAUCUGCACCAGAUGCAAACUGUUCAUAUUGAGAAGCUUAGUGACACACAAUGCCAGCCUGAAUCACAGCUUAAGUUCAUAACGGAGGCCUGGUUACAGAUUGUUGAAUGCAGGAGGGUGCUGAAAUGGACAUAUGCAUAUGGGUACUACUUACCGGAGCAUGAACAUGCUAAAAAGCAGUUCUUUGAGUACUUACAAGGUGAGGCAGAAUCUGGUUUGGAGAGACUUCAUCAAUGUGCUGAAAAGGAACUACAGCUAUUCCUAAAUGCCGAUGGGCCAUCCAGAGAAUUCAAUGACUUCCGCACCAAACUAGCUGGAUUGACCAGUGUGACUCGAAACUACUUCGAGAAUUUGGUGAGGGCAUUGGAGAAUGGUUUAUCUGAUGUGGAUAGUAAUGGGGCUGCUUCGAGCAAAGCAACGAGCUCCAAAAAUGCAGCAGGGAGCAGCAAAGGGAGAGGAGGAAGAGGAAAAACAACUAUCCGAACUAGCAUAUCCAGCAGAAUGACUGAUGAUAAUCAUUGGUCUUGUGAACAUUGUACCUAUGCAAAUGUUAGGUCUGCCACCACAUGCCAGAUGUGCAAUCAACAGCGGCGAUGACUUAGAUCCUCCUCUAGAAACAAAUGUUUUCUGCCUCAGGCCAAUGCACCGAAAGCUGAAAUGGAGUCUUUACUUCAUGUUAAAUCAUAUACUGGCUCCCUUUUUGUAAGGCUAUUUUAAUGUGAAAGGGGGUUAAGUCGCGUAAGAAAGGUUAUCCUCCUCGCACUCCUAUCCUAUUGGAUACACCACAAUUUAAUGUAUAUAAUGUUUUAUCUUAAACUUUCCGUGUUGGGUUUAUGCAACAGGCUUCUGUAACUGAAUAUCAUACACAGAACAUACUGGAUAUGAACACAAAUGUGCUUGUUUGUGUCCUGAUUUCUUCUGAAUCUCUCUGCAGCUUCUUUAAUUUUACCUUGACUUGUGUAUAUGCCCCAGUUCUUCUUUCUUCAA